GUACUCUGUUCACGGCCAUCUCUUUGCUUGUUUUCUCUAUCUUUUCUCAUUGUCAAGCCCUAACUUUGGAAGCUCUUUGUGAAUCCACUCCUCACCCGCCCGUCUGUAAAUCCGUUCUACCAGUCGGGCCACCCGGUUCAGUUUCAGGAUUUGCCAGUAUUGUCAUCAUAAAGUCUCUAGAAGCUUCUAAACACCUUCUGGCCUCCUUCGACCAGCAUCAUCCCACAACAGGACCCCUUGAUGAUUGCCAAUUACUAGCCGGUCUGACCGUUGACCAGCUCACACGUGUGAACGUCAUCAAGGAGACCGUUCUUGGAACCUCCGAGGUCAACGAUCUCCUCACGUUGCUUAGCGCCGCUAUUACCAACUACGAGACGUGCCUAGGCUCGUUUCAUGAUGCUACCGGAGAGUCAUCCGAGAAUUUUGUUAAGGACCACCAUGAUAUCCUCACACGUGUUUCGGACGGAAUAAAGCUGAUUAGCGUUUCUCUUGCCUUGUCCAAGGAGGCUUGGCCGAUAGCAUCUGAUGCUUCAGUGACAAAGCCACCACCGAGGAUUCUUACGGAGGAUGAGAAAAAGUCUUCGUCGCCAGAAGUUUCGUAUGUGAAGGUGACGAAACGUGAGAGAAUGAUCUAUGAGAGCUUUAAAGUUUUGGGACGAAAGCUUCUUCAGUCUUCUCCUGGAGGCAAUGGUGGUCUAAAGGUGGCCAAGACAGUGGUCGUUAACCCUAACGGAAUCAAUGGUGAUGCCUAUAAAACCAUUAAUGACGCUAUAGCUGCUGCGCCAACGAAGGCAGAAUCCGAAAACGGAUACUUUGUGAUUUACGUCGUGGCUGGAGUUUACGAAGAGUACGUCACGGUCCCUAGCAAUAAAUCGUACGUGAUGAUCGUUGGUGACGGCAUUGACAAAACAAUCAUCACCGGAAAUAGAAACGUCGUUGAUGGUUCCACCACUUUUGCUUCUGCUACACUGGCUGUUAUCGGAAGAGGCUUCAUGGCGGCGAACAUAACCGUGAGAAACACAGCCGGCCCUACUAAACACCAAGCUGUUGCUGUCCGAAACAGUGCUGACAUGUCAGCAUUUUACAAAUGUAGCUUCGAGGGCUACCAAGACACGCUCUAUGUCCACUCACUUAGACAAUUUUAUAGAGAAUGCGACAUCUACGGAACGGUAGAUUUCAUAUUUGGAAACGCAGCAACGGUUCUUCAGAACUGCAACAUCAUUCCUAGACUACCACUUCAAGGACAGUUCAACGCCAUAACGGCUCAAGGCAGGAGCGAUCCAAACCAGAACACCGGGAUUUCGAUACAGAAUUGUAGAAUAACACCGAGUGCUGAAUUGGUUUCAAGUAAUUUCUCGGUUAAGACGUAUUUAGGCCGGCCGUGGAAGGAGUACUCGAGGACGGUUUACUUGCAAAAUUUCAUGGAUGGGUUUAUUGAUGCUAAGGGAUGGAAUGAAUGGAUGGGUGAUUUCGCUUUACAGACUUUGUAUUAUGCGGAGUUCAAUAAUACCGGACCAGGUUCAGGAACAGCUAACCGGGUUAAUUGGCCCGGUUAUCAUGUGAUCAAUGAAACUGAAGCUGUUUGGUUCACUGUUUCAAACUUUAUAGUCGGAGACUACUGGUUGCCGAGCAUGGGAGUUCCGUACGCCGGUGGUUUGAUGUAA